GAUCAGAAACGAGCUGUUCUCCGUUAAGCAAGGCACGUAACUACUGACGCAUGACGUAAACAACGCCGAAUCGCAACGGAUCGGAAAUGAAUCGAUCGGCGAACUGUACGCCCGGGCGAGUGACACGCGAUCGAUGACGAAAAACGGGAAUCUCUCGCGAAAACUUGACGGGCUCGACGACCGCAUGUCCGACGUUUGAUGUUGAUGUCGAGCGACAAAGGUCGCGCAAAAAGCGCUUUGUCGCGGUUUAUUUUUGCUUUCGGAAUCACUAUAUUUUUGCGUGUAACGCGACCUUAAAAUAGAUCGCCGCGACGACGGCGGCGGCGGCACGGCGGCGGCGGCGGCGGCGGCGGCGGCGGCGGCGGUGGUGGUGACGGCGACGGUGUGUGAUGUAUUUACCGCGCGCCAACAACGAGCGAGGAGCACGAGUUUUUAGGUUACCACGUUUCUGGGUGGACUCAAUCGAGAGCCCUUAUCCCCGAUUUUGCUCAAUCGACGAUUCGCUACAAAGGACGAAGAUGGACACCGAGGACACCGAGUGCGAGGUGCUCGACGAACCCCUGCAGGUGCUGCUCAAGCGGAUUUAUUACUCGGCGAGGGACGGAAUGGCGAUCGCACUUUAUUCGCUGCUGUACGACAAGUCCAACAAAGACGUCGCCGAUUUUUUGAUCAAUCAGAAAGUCUUAGAAGAUGAUGGACAAAAGUGUACACCUUUAAUAGUUGCCGCGCGUUACGGACAUAAUAAGGUAGUCAGAACGUUGAUAGACAAAUUCAAAACUGAUUUAGAGCUAGAAGGAACGGUCAAAUUCAAUGGAUAUGUUAUUGAAGGAGCCAGUGCACUCUGGGCUGCAGCAGGCGCUGGACACUUGAACGUCCUCAAAACUCUUGUGAAAGCAGGAGCAAAUGUUAAUCAUCCAACGAAAACUAAUUCCACCCCGCUUCGAGCGGCGUGUUUUAAUGGAUGUUUGGAUAUUGUUAAAUACUUGAUCGAACAUAGAGCAGAUAUAAAUAUUCCCAACAUAUUCAAUAAUACUUGCCUCAUGAUAGCAUCGUAUAAGGGACACCUUGAAAUUGUUAAUUUUCUAUUAGACAAAGCGGCAGAUCCAAACAAGAAAGCAUACUGCGGGGCGACGGCGUUGCAUUUUGCUGCCGAGUGUGGACACACUGCCAUCGUGCGCAAGCUACUGAAGCACGGAGCACAAAUGACGAAGAAUGUGAGCGGUAUGACGCCCUUAAUAACGGCUGCCGAGCGGACGCGCUCAGAAGUCGUUGAAUAUCUAGUACAAAAUACAGAAGUAAUAAAGAAAGAAAAAAUAGAUGCUUAUGAGUUACUUGGAGCAUCUUACGCUAAUGAUAAAGAUAAUUAUUGCCUAACUAGAGCUUACACAUAUCUGCGUAAAGCGAUGGAAUUAAGGUAUAGUGAUACUGAUAAUAUUAUACGUAAGCAACUAGGUUCAACUGUGAAAGCAUAUGAGAAUUGGAAGGAAUGCGAAACGUUAGAAGAAUUAGAAAAUAUCAAAGACAAUUCCAAUGCCAUACAUAUGGAAUCACUGGCUAUUCGGGAGAGAAUAUUAGGUCUCCAUAAUCCAGAACUGCCACAUCCUAUAGUAUUCAGAGGCGCUAUAUUUGCGGAUAACGCCAGAUUCGACAGAUGUAUAGAUUUGUGGUUACAUGCUUUAAAACUAAGGCAGCUCAAUGAUAUAUCCAUUGUGACAGACCUUCUUCGAUUUGCGCAAGUCUUCUCGCAAAUGAUACACGUGAGCGUCUUUCCAGAGGCUUCUCAAGUGCUAAAUGUUUUGGAGGCAAGCGUAAUGGAAUUACAAAGGAACAAGGCUAAAAUCCAGAAUCCAGAUUCCAAGGAUGACAUUGAUCAAUGUAUUGAAGAGAUGGAUUCGAAUCUUACAACGACUCUGUAUAUUUUAACGAUUCUGACAAAAGUGACAUCAAUGCAUUAUAAUCCAAAUGGCUUAUGUGAUCCAUCGGAUGUGACACGGUUACAUCAUCUAGUGCAUAAACUAUGCGCGUUACGGGUGUGCAUGAAAGAUGGACAGAGCAUACUACAUCUUGCUGUGAAUGCUGAAACUCCCGUCGACGAUUUUCAUACCAACGAUGUUUGCAAAUACCCAUGUUCAUAUACAACACAAUUAUUAAUUCGUUGCGGUGCGGACGUAAACGCAAUGGACAACGAAAAAAAUACGCCGCUCCACGUUAUUGUCCGUUAUCCUAAAGCAGUUAGCGAUUUUGCAACCUUGCAUACUAUUAUAGUAGCUCUUAUAGAUGCUGGAGCACAUAUGGAUACUGUAAAUAUUAGGGGACAAACACCGUAUGAUUCGGUUAUCACGGGUGUAGCUAAAAUAAUAUUACGUACUCAGACCAACUUGUCCUUAACGUGUAUGGCAGCCAAAGCAAUUAAAACUUACGACUUGCCCUAUCGUGGUAAUGUUCCACAAUCACUUGAGAGCUUCAUAGAACUUCAUGGGUCUAAUAACAGCUGACAUCAGGAAAAUUUGGUUGGAGAAUCAUGUCCAUUAUUCGAGGUUCUUUUUGAAACUAUAGGAAAUCCAAUGUAGGAAAUCCAAUUAUGCAAACUAACUUAGGAUGGUUUACAGCGUCUGAUUUACAUCUUACAAGGAACCUUUGGGUGUUUUCCUCCGAUUUUGACGAGCUUUUAAUAUGUUCUAGUACAGAUAAAAAUAUGGGACACUUGUAUUUUUAUACGUACACAAUUUCACUUUUAGAGGGUGAAACGUCCCUUUGAAGAAAAUCGGUUUCCUUCUUUCGAAGCGUAUAUCGUCGAAACUAUAGAAGAUAGAAAAAAAUGUUCUAAUUGAAAGAUUUUGUUUAUAAAAGUCAAAAUUAAAAAAA